UAACUCUGAGGCAGGAACAACCAAUAGGCAGCAUUCUGCCUGAGAGGGACGGGGAGCUCAGUCAGCGCCUGCACUCGUUACUGCAGCAUGCCUGGCCUCUACCACCUCAUCAUCUCCGCCGCUCUCGGGGUUUUGGGCGUUUUGGGCAUUAUCCUGCUGUGUUCCACCACCCGGGACGUGGAGCAGCCCUUUUCCCACAAGUACGGCAUCGUCAUUGAUGCUGGCUCCUCUCGCACCACCCUAUAUGUUUACAAAUGGCCGUCUGGGAAAGAGAACAGCACUGGCAUUGUGAGUGAGCACAGCAAAUGCAACGUGAAAGGUCCUGGAAUUUCCAGUUACGCGUACAACCCAUCACAAGCUGGAAACAGUCUGAAGCCCUGCCUGGAUGAAACUGUGAAAAACAUUCCUUCACAACUACAUGCACAGACUCCCCUCUACCUUGGUGCUACAGCUGGGAUGCGCUUGUUGAGCCUAGCUGAUCCCAAGGCUUCCAAAGGCGUUCUAGCAUCAAUUGCUAAUUCCCUGAAAUCCUACAAGUUUAAAUACCAAGGAGCAAAGAUCCUGACAGGAAAUGAGGAGGGAGUUUUUGGAUGGGUCACAGCCAAUUACUUGCUGGAGAACUUUGUGAAGUAUAGCUGGAUCGGAAAAUGGAUCAAACCAUUGAAAAAGACAGUGGGAGCAAUGGACUUUGGGGGAGCGUCCACUCAGAUCUCCUUCGUGCCCAGCGAUGAAAUCGAAGAUUCUGAAAAUGAAGCUGUUCUACGUUUGUAUGGCUAUGACUAUAAAGUCUACACUCACAGCUACCUCUGUUACGGGAGGGACCAAGUUUUAAAGAAAGUGUUUUCGAAAAUGAUGAUUGCCCAGGGUUACAACAGCAAUAUUACUAACCCCUGCAUGCCACGGGGCUAUACUGUCUCUCAUCCACUGAAUUUUAUAUACAAUAGCUCAUGCACCGCGAGUGAGAAACCUCAAGAUUACUCACCAGAGAAAACCAUAACCUUCAGUGGCUCCUCACAGACAGAUCAAUGUUAUGAGUUUGUCGACUCCAUCUUUAACUUUAGCUCCUGUAACCAUAGCAGAUGUGCUUUCAACAAUGUCUAUCAGCCUGAGGUUACUGGCGACUUCCUGGCUUUUGCAGCUUUCUAUUACACAAUGAAUUUCCUGAAGGUUACUUUGGAUAGGAGCAUCACAUCACCGCAGGAACUGAGAGCAGCAGCUGAUACUAUCUGUGGAAUGGACUUCAAACAGCUGAAGGCAAAGGCACAGAAUGUAUCAGAGAGCAGACUUGUGGAUUACUGCACUACAUCCCACUACAUCCAGAUCCUGACAACCAAAGGCUACAAAUUCGACGACGUCACUUUUAAAAACAUCGCUUUUCAGAAAAAGGCUGGGGAUACCACCAUCGGCUGGGCCCUGGGCUAUAUGCUGAACCUCACCAACAUGAUCCCGCCUGAAGAAGUGGGCACCUGGAAAGUGCAGAUGGUCGGUGCCUGGGCAGUGCUCAUUGUCAUCUGUAUCCUGGUGAUUGUAGCAGGCAUCCUGAUCUUCAUCCUGUCGUCUCGGUCAGUGAAGAAUGACUCAGUGUUGUAAUAUCUGAGCUGAAAUCUCUGUGGAUACUAACCCCAGCCUGCCAGUGCCACCCAUCAAUUCGGCUGGAGGAUUGUAGCUCUUUGCACACCGACCUGUACUAACAGCAAGAGAGCCCGUAACAACACUGCUCACUCACCCCUUAUCCCCAGUCCUCAAUCACCCCUUAUCCUGAAUUCCCACUCAACCCCUGCCCCAGACCUUCAUUCACACCCUUUACCCCAGACCCUCACUCACACCCUUUACCCCAGACCCUCACUCACCCCCUUACCCCAGACCCUCAAUCACCCCCUUACCCCGGACCCUCAAUCACCCCCUUACCCUGGACCCUCACUCACCCCCUUACCCCAGACCCUCACUCACACCCUUUACCCCAGACCCUCACUCACCUCUUUACCCCGGACCCUCACUAACCCCCUUACCCAGACCCUCAUUCAUUCCCUUACCCCAGACCAUUACUCACUUAUCCCCCUCUUUACCCCAGACCCUCACUCACUCAUCCCCCUCUUUACCCCACCCCCACUCACUCCUUUACCCUCUAGUUUCACUAACACCCACAUUAUCCCUGGCCCUCAAGACUUUCUUUGUCCCAAACCCUGGCACAUUUCUUUACCCUAAAUCCUGCACCCCCACAUCCCUCAACACUAACUACCCACUCUUACCUAUCCCUCAAUCACACCCUCUCUCCAUCUCCCUCAAUCUCCAGGAAGAUGCUUGGUUGGUUAGCCCCAUCAGCAGAGAGAUUAGCCGUCACGAAUGACAGGUCCAUCAUCAUAAAACCACUACCAGAGCCUUACUUCUCAUGCAGCAACAGCACAUGGGGGUGGAGACGGGGCCCUGGUGCCAGGGAAUCAGAAUGUUGGCAUUAUGGCUGUGUGGGGCACAUUUCAAAUAUACCCUUCCAAUUGGUUUUACUGGACUGUUUUGUGCAGUUUGGAUUAUAAGUGACCAGCUCACCAUGAUCUCAAGCUUCCUUUCUAACAUGGCGCAUUGACACAGAGGCUGCAGCCAGCAAUAUUAAUGUCUGGUGGGUCUAGUGAGGCCUCUAGUAAUGGGGAAAUUGAGAUUUGCUGUUCCCAUCAGUUCCUGGCCUUUGUCUUUGCAAUUUCCGGCCUAUCCAGCUAAUGAAGUACCCCUGAAGUGUAGUUGCUGAUGUAAUUCAAGAAGCAGAACAGUCAUGUGCACACAGCAAGAUCCCACAGCCAGCAAUUGAACAGAAUUUAAAAUGAUCUGUGUUUGUGUUGAUGUAUUGAGAAAUAGGUAUUGAUUAGGUCGCUGUGGGGAAGCUCUUGAAAAUAGUGUUGUGUGGUCUUUCUGAGAAGCAAAGAGGGAUCUUGGUUUGACAUCCGAUCCAGAAAGUUCCACCUGAGAGACCUAAGCCCACAUCUAAAACACUCACUGAGUGAGUGAGAGAAAAAGUGGCAUUCUUCAAAUCCUGAACACUUCUUCCUGGCCUUGUCUCAUGACCGUGCAGUAUGUGAGACUGCAAAAAUUCUACAUCUGUUUUGACUGAUAUACAAGGUAAAUCCCCAAAUGGCCUUUCUGCAACAUUGCAGGCUAACCCUUUGAGAGCAUGGCCUGGUGUUAUCACAGUGAGAGGACAAAAAUUACAGUACAGCUUCUUAAAGAGGCCCUGCAGGCCAGAGACUGGAUGGGAACUGCACAGCAUUAUCCAUAGCACCCAUCACAGGAGGGAUCCAGCACACAGCCUGACAGAAAACCCCGAGGUCUGUGCCCAGAUCCCACUCGAUCCCAGAGACAGCAAGCUGUCAGACAAGGCAUACAUCUUACCUGAUCCAGAUCCAAAGAUAAGAAAUGCACCUCCUUCUGCUAUCUCUUAAUUACUCACAAGCAUUUUCAAUCUCUGCAGAAACCUGAGUGGUAUGGUAGCUCAGUGGUUAGCACUGCAGCAACACAAUGCCAGGGACCUGGGUUCAAUCCCAACCCUUGAGCAACUGUCUGUAUGGAGUUUGUAGGGUUUUCUUCAGGUGCUCCAGUUUCCUUCCAUUGACCAUGCUAAAUAGUGUCCAGGGAUGUGCAGGCUGGGUGGCUUAGCCGUGGGAUUAUAGGAAUAGGGUGGGGGUGGGAUGCUCUUUGGAGGAUUGGUUUGGACUUGAUGGGUCAAAUGGCCUGCUUCCACAGUGUAAGCAUUUGAUGUUGCUGAUAAACUGCUUGACCCAUAGCUCUCUGCUACUCUACUGCAGACUGAUCAAGAGAGCAGCAAAGAACUCUGUUAUUGUGAUUCCUGGGAAGCACUCAAAUGGCAAACUGGAUAGACUUUGGCUUUUUUGUCUACUUAUUCCUGUGUUGAUACGUUGCCUUCCCCCUAGCUCCCUCACCCUUUCAAUCCUGCCUUCAACCCACCCUCCCCUGAGUCCCAGGUGAGUAGCUGUACUCCUGGAAGGGCAUUCUGAGCUGUAAGUCCUGCAUUUUUCUGCAUGGAACAUGUGAUAUUGUAGGCUGUCUUGGAUAUUCCUGUAGCUGUUGUAAUCAGCCUCUGUUGGUCAAUGUUACGGGCCAUGUUUUGAAUAAAUAUUUGUUUUGUACCUUACAAA